GCUGCCCGGGGCCCGCGGUGCGAUGGCGGCGGCCGGGCCGGAGGCGCAGGCGGGAGCGGCGGCGCUCGCAGCCUCCGUGCGGGACUUCGUGGCCGGGCAGCAGGACGGCUGCGCCGCGGAGGUGGCGGCAGAAGUGCCCGGAGAAAGCUUUGCCUCUUCAGAGACCCACAAAGAGAAGAGCUGCCCCUGUUGCCCCCAGCCCGGCUCUCAUCAGCCGCUGGCACUUGUGACAAACCCACAUUGACAAGCGAGGAGCCGGCGAGUCUCCUCCGGCCGCUGUGACCCUGCACGGAAUCACACAUCACAAGCUAUUAAAUUGCAUCACGUAUCCCUGAGCGAGAGGGGAGGUUGCUUCUAACCUUGUGGCCGUUGUGCAAUUGUUGGAAGAAACACGCUGAGCUUCUCCCGUAUCUUGCUGAGCGCUAAAUUGAGUGUGACUUGGCAAGGGGAAGAAAGGGCUUGGUGCUGCCACAGCCAGCUGGGCUGCACGGGUCGGUGGGUGGCAGGAGGAGGCUGAACUCGGUUUUGUUCUGAGAUGAGGAGAGGAUACUGCCGGUACAGAAAUCCGUCACACGCUCCCUGUGUUUUGAGGGUGUGGGGGAGACGGGAAUGGAAAGCCUGCAGGAGUGAUUAAUGUCUAGAAGAACACUGUGUGAAACGGGGACAGACGUGUGGGGAGAGGGAGCAGAUUGAUUUGAGUAAUAACGCAGCAACGGGUAAAUGGCUCGUUUCUGUUUAGCCUCUGGGGUUGCAGGAACACGAGAACAGGAAGGCAACUCCUCCUGCUGAAGGAGUGCUGGGAUUCAAGGUGUGUAAUUAACCUUGGGGACGUGCUGCUGCUGCCAGAUGUGGAGGCAGAAGUUUCACAGGCUCACUGCUGUGCUGAUGAAGCAGCUCCAAUUACACGGUGCUGGCGCUUUAGCAGUGGCCAGCGGGGCCCUGCCUGCGGGCAGGAGGCAGCACGCACAGGUCCUGCUGCCGGCACUGGUGUGGUCACCCUGCGUGAGGUGAAGGGGCCUCCAACCGCAGGGAGCGUCGAUAACUGGUCGUGGUUUGGUCACUGCACUUCAGCUCUUUCCUGUUGAUCAGGAAGCCGGCGGCUCUGUGUAGAUGCCGCGUUCAGUCUCUGAACCCCAGGGAGGCAGAGCGCUUGGCUGCAGAGACACGGCUUGUCUCAGACCUGCUCCACGGUGGUUCAGAGGCACGAGGGCUUCUCGUGAGCUUGCAGAGUGGGGUGUCAGGAUGCUGGGUGCGGAGGGGCUGUGUGAGCUCCCCUGGCAGCCCUCUGUGCCUUGCGCCAGUGCACAGCACCCGCUUGCUGUUGCGCUGCUCUGCAAGAGACGUUUCCAGCAGGUUACAGCUGUCACUCAAGGCAGUGCUUGUGGGCUCUGCAGCCUGCUGGGCUCCUCUUCCUCCUCGCUGCUCCCCUUAUCUGUUCUGUCCCUCAGCCCAGGCUCCCUCUCCCUGCUGUGCCAAGCUGUGUGCAAGCUCUAUCUCUGGAGUUACGGCUGCCUGCUGUCAGAAAACACUCUCAUCUCUUCUCCCAUCCCCAGAGACCGCUCUCUGAUGAGCAGCAUGACUUAAUGCUGGAAUUAGCUGCUUAGGAAGAGCCAGUAAAUGCUUGCAACAGCAGGAGACACCAGCUGAGACAAGGCCUGGGAAAGCCCCGAAUGAAACCUUCAGGCUUCCGAGGGAGCAGGUGCCCCGUCAGUCAUGCAGGGUUGAAAGAUGGCAGCUGGACCAUACUACAGCUUGUAGAAGCCCUGGGGUUUUGCCUGGAGAACACAGAUCCUCGGAUGCGAGGCCGAGGCAUGCAGCUGCUGUCACAAGUCCUGCUCCAGUGUUACUCCCUGCUCCAGGAGAAGGAAGUGCUACAUCUGGUCCUGUUCUAUGAGAACCGGCUGCAAGAUCAUCACCUUGUGAUCCCCUCGGUGCUCCAGGGACUCCGAGCACUGAGCAUGUGUGAGGUGCUGUCCCCGGGGCUAGCGGUGUCUGUGCUCAAAGCCAUCUUCCAGGAGGUACAUGUGCAGUCCCUGCUGCAGCUGGACCGCCACACAGUCUACAGCAUCAUCACCAACUUCAUGGGCACCAGGGAGGAAGAGCUGAAGGGCCUGGGUGCUGACUUCACCUUCGGCUUCAUCCAGGUGAUGGAUGGGGAGAAGGAUCCCCGCAAUCUGCUGGUGGCCUUCCAGAUUGUGCGUGAUCUCAUUGCCAAGAACUACGCCCUGGGUCCCUUUGUGGAGGAGCUCUUUGAAGUUACAUCAUGCUACUUCCCCAUUGAUUUUACUCCACCCCCUAAUGAUCCUCAUGGCAUCCAGAGAGAAGACCUGAUCCUGAGCCUCCGGGCUGUACUGGCCUCAACACCCCAAUUUGCUGAGUUCCUUCUGCCUCUGCUCAUUGAGAAGAUGGACUCAGAGCUGCAAAGUGCCAAGCUUGAUGCCCUGCAGACUCUGACUGCCUGCUGUGCCAUCUACGGGCAGAAGGAGCUGCAGGAAUUCCUCCCCAGCCUCUGGUCAUCCCUGCGCAGGGAGGUGUUCCAGACAGCGAGUGAGAAGGUGGAGGCUGAGAGCCUGGCUGCCCUGCACGCCCUCUCUGCCUGCCUGUCCCGCUCCGUGCUCAGCUCUGACACUGAGGAUCUGCUGGAUUCCUUCCUCAGCAGCAUCCUGCAAGACUGCAGGCACCAUCUGUGCGAGCCCGACAUGAAGCUGGUGUGGCCGAGUGCCAAGCUCCUGCAGGCAGCAGCGGGCGCCUCCCUGCGCGCCUGCCACCGCGUCACCCGCAGCGUCCUGCCCCUGCUGCUGGAGCAGUACACCAAGCACCCGCAGAGCAGCCAGAGGAGGACAAUUCUGGAAAUGCUGCUGGGCUUCCUGGAAUUGCAGCAGAAAUGGGGACAUGUGGAAGAAGAGGAGAGCGCUCUGCUGUCACUCCAGGCCCCCAUUUGCUCCGUGGUGUUCUCAGCAUUGACGGAUCCCAGUGUGCAGCUGCAGCUGGUCGGGAUCAGGGCACUGACUGUCCUGGGCUCUCUGCAAGGUUUUCUGUCUCCCUCUGACCUGGAGCUGGUUGUGGAUCACCUCAUCCGUCGUGCUCUGUGUGAGGAGGAUUCCCAGAGCAGCGAAGCAGCAAUGGAGGCAGCGGGAUCUCUGGCCCCCAUCUACCCAAAGGUUUUCUCUGGACGCAUGGUACCCAGGCUCGAAGAGGAGCUGCAGUCAGAGCGGGAGGAGGAGAGCGCCAGUGACCGCAGCUCCCUGCGGCAGCGCUCCCUGCAGGCCCUGGCAGCCGUGUCCACACACACCAGCAUCGUGAGGGAGACUGUCCCUGUCCUGCUGCAGCACCUCCGGAAGGUGCAGAAAGGUAGCGAGGCCGGGCGGGCACAAGACAUCAUCUCCGUGUGCCAGAGCCUGCACCGCGUGGCGCUGCAGUGCCAGCAGGACGCGGAGAGCUGCUGGUACUAUCACCAGGCGGUGGUGCCCUGCCUGCUGGCCAUGGCCGUGCAGGCUGCCAUGCAAGAGAGCACCCACCCGCCGCUGGGCAAGGCGCUGCUGCAGGAAGAGGUGCUGGCUGCCAUGGUCCCAGUCAUCAGCGCCGCCACCACUCACCUGAGCCCUGAGCUGGCUGCCCAGAGCGUGUCUCAUGUGGUGCCCCUCUUCUUGAAUGGGGAGGUCUCUUUCCUGCCCCAGAACAGUUUUCCCUGCUCCUUCCAGCCCUUCCAGGAUGGGGAGUGCUUGGAGGCACAAAGGCGCCUGGUCGCCCUCCUCAUGGCCUUCGUCUGCUCCUUGCCCCGCAACGUGGCAAUUCCUCAGCAGGAAUGGCUGCUCCGGGAGCUGCUGGCGCUGAGCUGCUCCUGCAACUGCCCCUUCACUGCCACCACAGCUGCCAAGUGCUUUGCGGGGCUGGUGAACAAGCACCCGGCAGGGCAGCAGCUGGAUGAGAUCCUGCAGCUUGCAGUGAACAGGAUAGAGCCUGGCCUGGUGGAGGGGCCGCACCGGACGCAGGCGCUCACCCUGCUGCUGUGGGUGACCAAAGCCCUGGUGCUGCGCUACCACCCCUUGAGCUCCCACCUGACGGAUAAGCUGCUGGACCUGCUGAGCGAUGCAGAGCUGGGCCCUGCCGCAGCCGAUGGCUUCUCCCUGCUGAUGGCUGAGUCCCCGGACGUGCUGCACAAGGGCUGCCACGCCGACGUGCGCAUCAUGUUCCGGCAGCGCUUCUUCACCGACAACGUCCCCAAGCUGGUGCAGGGCUUCCACGGGGCUGGCCCCGACGUGAAGGCCAAUUACCUGAAGGGCCUGUCCCAUGUGCUCAACCACCUCCCCAAGCCUGUGCUGGUGACGGAGCUGCCCACGCUGCUUUCCCUCCUGCUCGAGGCCUUGUCCUGCUCAGACCGUGUGGUGCAGCUUUCCACACUGAGCUGCCUCCAGCCACUGCUGCUCGAAGCUCCCCAGAUCAUGAGCCUGCACGUCGACACACUGGUCACUAAAUUCCUCAGCCUCACCUCCAGCCCUACCAUGGCUGUCCGCAUCGCCGCCCUGCGCUGUGCCCAUGCGCUUACCAGCCUGCCCACCAUAGUGCUGCUCCCAUACAAGGCCCGAGUUAUCCGGGCACUGGCCAAGCCUUUGGAUGACAAGAAGAGGCUGGUGCGGAAGGAGGCGGUGGCAGCACGGGGGGAAUGGUUCCUGCUGGGCAGCCCGGGCAGGUGAGUGCCCUGCAUCCCGUCCCUGUGCUGAUCAACCGUCUGACCAGCCCCUGACACCCCACCACGCCAUGGACCCUCGGAGCCCAGUACUGCCCCCGUGCCGGGGCUGGAGCCUGGAGGCCGGCAGGCAGCACCCUCACUGCGGCACCUUCCCAGCACCCCAGCGGGCAGGGAGCUGUGCCACUUGUGGCUUACCCACCUUCUGCUGCAGCAGGGACAGGGAUGGACAGACCGGCCACGUGUGAGUGGAGAGGGCAGGCCUGUGCACACGUGUGUGCUGUGUGGCAACCCACACACCAGAGGAAUAAAUAUCUCUGUUUUGGUAA